CGUGCUCCAACCGGCCUUGCCUUUUUGCUUGGGGCGGAGAACGUUAUUGUUCACAGUGAAACACACACGCGUCCACAUCUGCUCACGUGCGUGCCACGACCCCACAUUUUUUAUCAUUUGCCCCUUGUUCACUGCGUGCGCUUGCUCACGUGGCCUACCCAGAACAGAGGCAAGCUGCAACAUGAAGGAAGACACGCGCACGCAAGCGCGCACGUAACUGACAGCAAGCUCCACUUGCGCGUGAAAGUGGGCCAUUUCCCUGUUGUCUUCCCCCACCUCUCCUCCUUCUCCCGGUACCUCAACAGCCCCUACCACAGCCAGUGAACAGUGAACAGUUUUAGUGAACAGUCUCAGUGAACAGUGACCAGUGAACAGUGACCAGUGACCAGCGAACAGCGACCAGUGAACAGUGAACAUUGAUUGACCAGUGACCACCACCCACAACGACUGUCCACUUGACUUAAAGAACGCCAACAGCAUGGACGAGGCAAACCGCAAGGCGUGGAAGAAGGCCAUCAAGGAGCUGGGCCGAGAUCCAGACUGCGACGACUUGGACCUCACGGAUGCCGUCAUCGCCGCAGAGGAGAUGCUCAAGGACAGGAGCACGCGCGAGAAGGACUUGCGCAGGCUGUUUCGCGGCAAACCCGUGUGCAUGAUGUGCCUGAAGGUUAACCGCCGGUGCGUGUGCGCUGACGCAAACCUCCUUCAGCAGCUGAGCAUGCGCCCGGUUCCCAGCCGCGCGACGCCUGCCGAGCGCCAGCGCCGGGCCCUCGUGCGCUCGUGCGCCGAGAAACUCUCCCGCGUGGUGCCCAACCUCCAAGACGAUGGGAAGAGGAAGAAGAAAAAGGAGAAGUCUAUCAACGCCAGCCAACACUAUGACCCAAGCGGCGUUGCCGGACGCACCCCAAGCCCAAACUACCGAUGACGCCUCGUCAACGACAGGCAGCACCAUGGAAAUCCCUUUCUGUCCCUCAUAUGUAUUCCCCCACGCCCCGCAAUCUUAUUUCCACUCACUCAAUCGCUAACAGAAGUACUGCUAACCUAUUUGUGACCUGACAGUUGCCCGCUCUUUCCCCAAUUCCACCCCCCCUUCACCCCUUGUCCCUUAACUCCUAACCCCACCCCCACUCUCCACGCGAUUCAUUGUAACCGUCCGUUUUCGCCCCUGUAUCUGCGUGUAUCUGCAAGUA